UUCUCUGCUCCACAUUUUAUACUCUCCUCCCUCUCCUCCCGCCCCUCUCACUCUUCCUUCUUACCCAGAAAGCCAAACUUGUCCCUCUGCAACUUUUAAUCCACCAUGUACCGCUUCGCCACUAACCUCGCCUCCAAAGCCAGGUUGGCUAAGACCAGCGGCCAGCAGAUUGGUAGCAGAUUAAGUUGGAGUAGGAACUAUGCUGCCAAGGAUAUUAAAUUCGGUGUCGAAGCCCGAUCAUUGAUGCUCAGGGGUGUUGAAGAGCUUGCUGAUGCUGUUAAAGUCACAAUGGGGCCAAAAGGGCGCAAUGUUGUUCUGGAGCAAAGCUAUGGAGCCCCUAAGGUGACAAAGGAUGGUGUCACUGUGGCAAAGAGCAUUGAGUUCAAAGACAAAGUCAAGAACAUUGGUGCUAGUCUUGUAAAACAGGUCGCAAAUGCUACAAAUGAUGCUGCAGGCGAUGGUACCACUUGUGCUACAGUUCUCACCCGUGCCAUAUUUACCGAAGGAUGCAAGUCAGUGGCAGCUGGAAUGAAUGCCAUGGACCUAAGACGAGGUAUCACAAUGGCAGUUGAUUGUGUUGUGACAAACUUGAAGAGUAGAGCUCGGAUGAUCAGCACAUCUGAGGAAAUAGCGCAGGUUGGCACAAUAUCAGCUAAUGGUGAUCGAGAAAUUGGUGAGCUAAUAGCCAAGGCUAUGGAGAAAGUUGGUAAAGAAGGGGUUAUCACCAUAUCUGAUGGUAAAACACUCGAUAAUGAAUUGGAGGUUGUUGAAGGAAUGAAGCUGGACAGGGGUUAUAUAUCCCCCUACUUUAUCACCAAUCAAAAGAACCAAAAAUGUGAAUUAGACGACCCGCUUGUCUUAAUCUAUGAAAAGAAAAUCUCAAAUUUAAAUGCUGUAGUGAAAAUACUGGAGCUUGCAUUGAAGAAGCAAAGGCCUCUGCUGAUUGUUGCUGAAGAUUUUGAAAGUGAGGCACUUGCGACGCUCAUUUUAAACAAGCUUCGUGCUGGAAUCAAGGUGUGUGCAAUUAAAGCGCCUGGAUUUGGAGAGAACAGGAAGUCUAACUUGCAGGACCUGGCCAUUCUUACUGGAGGCGAGGUGAUAACUGAAGAACUUGGUCUAAACCUUGAAAAAGUGGGUCCUGAGAUGCUUGGAACAUGCAAAAGGAUUACAGUGUCGAAGGAUGAUACUGUCAUUCUUGACGGGGCUGGUGACAAGAAAGCUAUUGAAGAAAGAUGUGAACAGUUAAGAUCAUCAAUUGAAUUAAGUACUUCUGAUUACGAUAAGGAGAAGCUACAAGAGCGGCUGGCAAAGAUUUCUGGUGGUGUUGCUGUUUUAAAGAUUGGUGGAGCUAGUGAAGCUGAAGUUGGUGAAAAAAAGGACAGAGUUACUGAUGCUCUAAAUGCCACCAAGGCUGCUGUAGAGGAAGGGAUUGUACCUGGUGGAGGUGCAGCACUUCUGUAUGCUUCUAAAGAGCUGGACAAGUUACCGACUGCAAACUUCGAUCAAAAGAUUGGUGUGCAGAUCAUUCAGAAUGCUCUUAAGAUGCCUGUAUACACAAUUGCUUCCAACGCCGGAGUUGAGGGGGCAGUGGUUGUUGGCAAGCUAUUGGAGCAGGACAAUGCUGACCUUGGAUACGAUGCAGCGAAGGGUGAAUAUGUAGACAUGAUAAAGGCCGGUAUCAUUGAUCCCUUGAAAGUCAUCAGAACUGCCUUGGUAGAUGCUGCAAGUGUCUCCUCGUUAAUGACUACCACCGAGGCAGUUGUCGUCUCUCUUCCAGAGAAGGAAGCACCUGCUAUGGGAGCUGGCAUGGGAGGAAUGGGAGGCAUGGAUUACUAGAAGUUCAAUCACCAGAGCCUCUGCUACAAUCUUUAAACUUUGAACUGACCUUUCGAUUCCUUUUUUUUUUUCUCUUUUUUUUUCCCGAUGGUGUUGUUGGAGGCCGAACAUGAAUGUAAUCAUAGUGAAAUGAGGUUUUAACGUGUAGGAAGAUUGUAGUCUCCGGUGCUCUUAGUCGGGCAAGGGAUUUGUAUUCUUUUCACCAGACUUCACAAAGUCCCUCAUGUUCGAGUGCAUGCUACAUUGAUAGUACAAAAACUGAAAUAAUCUGCGGGAGAAAAUCAACUUGGAAAUGCUCCAAUUUAUUCUGUAUCAACAAUCUUCCAUU